AUGGGAGCUCUAAAUCAAACAAGAGUGACUGAAUUUAUUUUCUUGGGACUCACUGAUAACUGGGUGUUGCAGACAGUGUUUUUCACAGCAUUCACAGCCACUUACAUGCUAACCCUUUGGGGGAAUGUUCUCAUUGUUCUUAUCAUAGUCCUUACUCCACGUCUUCACACUCCCAUGUAUUUCUUCCUCAGCAAUCUAUCCUUUAUUGACAUUUGCCACUCAUCUGUCACAGUGCCCAAGAUGCUGGAGGGUUUGCUUUUAGAGAGAAAGACCAUUUCCUAUGACAAUUGUAUCACACAGCUCUUCUUCCUACACCUUUUUGCUUGUGCGGAGAUCUUUCUGCUGACUAUCAUGGCAUAUGACCGUUAUGUAGCUAUCUGCACCCCACUGCAUUACCCUGCUGUUAUGAACAUGAGAGUCUGUGUGCAGCUUGUCUUUGCACUCUGGUUGGGGGGUACGAUUCACUCACUCGUGCAGACUUUUUUGACCAUUCGUCUACCUUACUGUGGUCCCAACAUUAUUGAUAGCUACUUCUGUGACGUACCUUCUGUCAUUAAACUGGCUUGCACAGACACAUACCUUACAGGAAUGUUGAUCGUGUCCAAUAGUGGAACCAUCUCCCUCACCUGUUUUCUGGCCUUGGUUACUUCAUACACAGUCAUCCUGGUUUCUCUUCGCAAACAGUCAGCAGAAGGACGUCGGAAAGCCCUGUCUACCUGCUCAACCCACUUCAUGGUAGUUGCCCUUUUCUUUGGACCCUGUAUCUUCAUCUACACUCGGCCAGAUACUAGCUUCUCCAUUGACAAGGUAGUUUCUGUCUUCUACACAGUGAUCACCCCUUUGCUGAAUCCUCUCAUUUACACCUUCAGGAAUGAGGAGGUAAAAAGUGCCAUGAAGCAGUUCAGGCAGAGGCAAAUUUUCUCAUGA